GCGCUGUGGGGGCGGUCACAGGGCGGCACCGCUGCAGUGCGGGGACCCGCUCGCCGCGUCCUCGCGUCCCGCGUCCCCGCGUCCCCACGUCCCCGCGACCCGCGUCCCCGCGCAGUCGCUUUCGGCCUCCGGCGCUGAGCAUCCAGUUUCUUAGCAGGAAGGAAGAAAACGCCUGGCCAUGGCCUCCCCGUCAUCCUUCCCCUCAGAAGAGGAGGACAGUCUGAAGGGGUGUGAGCUGUAUGUCCAGAAGCACAGCAUCCAACAGGUGCUCAAAGACUGCAUCGUGCACCUCUGUGUCUCCAAGCCUGACCGUCCCAUGAAGUUCCUCCGGGAGCACUUUGAGAAGCUGGAGAAGGAAGAAAACCGGCAGAUUCUGGCCCGGCAGAAGUCAAACUCACAGUCCGACUCCCACGAUGAGGAGGUGUCCCCGACUCCUCCAAACCCUGUGGUCAAGGCCCGGCGCCGGCGAGGGGGUGUGAGCGCUGAGGUCUACACAGAGGAGGAUGCAGUCUCCUAUGUUAGAAAGGUCAUUCCCAAGGACUAUAAGACCAUGACUGCCCUGGCCAAGGCCAUUUCCAAGAAUGUGCUGUUUGCCCACCUGGAUGACAAUGAGAGAAGUGACAUAUUUGAUGCCAUGUUUCCUGUCACUCACAUUGCCGGGGAGACAGUCAUACAGCAAGGGAACGAAGGAGAUAAUUUCUACGUAAUUGACCAAGGAGAAGUGGAUGUAUACGUGAAUGGAGAGUGGGUGACCAACAUCAGCGAGGGGGGCAGCUUCGGGGAGCUGGCACUCAUCUAUGGCACACCCAGGGCUGCCACUGUGAAGGCCAAGACCGACCUCAAGCUCUGGGGCAUAGAUCGUGACAGCUACCGGCGCAUCCUGAUGGGCAGCACACUGAGAAAGCGCAAGAUGUACGAGGAGUUCCUCAGCAAGGUCUCCAUCCUCGAGUCCCUGGAGAAGUGGGAGCGGCUGACAGUGGCUGAUGCCCUGGAGCCAGUGCAGUUUGAAGACGGAGAGAAAAUUGUGGUUCAAGGGGAACCUGGGGAUGACUUCUACAUCAUCACAGAGGGCACUGCCUCAGUCCUCCAGCGCAGAUCUCCCAACGAGGAGUACGUCGAGGUGGGCCGACUGGGACCAUCUGACUACUUUGGCGAGAUCGCGCUGCUGCUGAACCGGCCUCGGGCGGCCACUGUGGUGGCCCGGGGACCCCUCAAGUGCGUCAAGCUGGACCGGCCACGCUUUGAGCGUGUGCUGGGGCCCUGCUCUGAGAUCCUCAAGAGAAAUAUUCAGCGCUAUAACAGCUUCAUCUCCCUCACUGUUUGAGCAGCUGCUGCCCGCCAUGUGUCUGGGCUGGGAGCCUGAAGAGGUGGCUGGUGGCGCUGGUGACCCAGCAUGGACUCCCUUCCCUCUGGACUCUUUGUGGAAUAAGUAAUCAGCUUGUGCAUUUCCAAAACAAAGGGCAAGAAAACAGAAGAUGUCCCAAGACCAAGGAGGUGACAGGCCAGCUUCCUUCCCCAGUGUCCUUCCUGUCUGCCCCAAGGGCUUAUUUGGAGCUGUUCCAGCCCCUUUGAGUUUGCAGAGGACCUAUGGUGUCAGGUUCUCCAGGCCUAGUCCCACUGUGGGACAGAUUUCAUGAGAUAGGUUUUUCCCCAAAGGGACAUUCAGGCUGGAGGCAGAGAUGGAGACUGAGGAAAGAGGGCUUAGGCCUGUCCCUCCCCCUCCUCCAUCAGGCCCCCAGGGGACACUGGUUGGAUCCCUGGCUCCUGACAUGGUGACCUGGGCUGUGGGCCCAUAUGAACAUGGAAGGUUGGAGGAGCUGUCCUGGGAAGAGAUUAGAAAGGCCUCCUCUGAGUGAGCCACACACUGCUGGACACCUGGAGCAGUUGGCAGGGCCUGAUGCCCCUCACUGGAAUGGGUAGGAGCCCUAAGUUUGGGACUUUACAAUUCCUGGUGAGUGCUGCAUUGGGAUCUCUUCUCUUGAAGUCAGGAUACUUGUCAGCCAUGUGGCCACUUGAGGACCUGGAGGGAGAGUUAGGCUUUCUGAGCAUUUUGGAUAAAGCUGUAGGAAUCAAGGUUCCUUCGGAGUGGUCCCCAUAUGACACCUGUGUGACUGGAGUCCAAGCCCAGGAAGACCAUGUGUUCCUUACCUAGCCUUCAUGCCCAGGAUGUGAGGGAAAAUGUAAGGGAAGCCAGCCCUUCCCAUCCCAAACCAUCCACAGACCUGUCCACUAGAUGUGUCUCAUGUCUCACGAGGGCACAGAGUCUGAGAGCCCCAAGGGGCCAUCCCGUCUUGUCCCUGCUGUGGCCAAGGAGGCCACCCUGCCAGUGAGCAGCCCCUGCCCUUGCCUAUCCCGCCUACGCCUGUGGACUUCGUGGCUGUGCACUGCCCCUGGCCGCUCCUGGUGUGCAUGAGCUAAUAAAUGUGCAGUGAA